GUCACUCUAUAAUUUCAACACAUUCUUACCAACAUUCAGAUUAGCUCAUAAAUCACAUUUCUGGAAACCCAAAGUCAGCCAAGCAAUUCCCCAUUACAUGAAAUAAACAUUUAGAGAUCCAUUUGAUUACCCAUUAAGAACAAAAAAGGAGAUUGAUGAGUAGUUAAAACAAAACCCUCCUUCUUACAAAGUUUUUGCUGAAAUCUCCUUCAUUCCAGAUUUAAAGGGAGAUAAUUUACACAAAAAUAGUGAAAUUGCAGUCUUUGUCAACAUAAGCGAAAUGAACUUUACACCAAAAUAAAGAGAUCGAUUUAUUUAUUUAAUUGGUCCAAGAUAUAAGGGAAAAGAUGAAAUAAGAAUUAAGGUCAAUACUUUUAAUAACCCUUAAUAAAAUAUUGAAAAAGGAAAGGAAAUGAUAUACGAGUUAUUUUUAGAAGCUAUCAGAGCCCCAUGUGAAUGAGAAUCAUGUUUUUAGAAUAUUUUUACAUAAAAUAUAAACA